ACCAGUAUCACUGGAAGAAGUGUACAAAUUAUCAAAAAGAUUAAAGAACAAGAAAGCCAGUGCCAAUGACUCGUUGUCCAAUGAGAUCAUUAAACUAGCAGUUGAGGUUAUGCCAUCCUACUUUGAAAAACUGUUUAAUAAAAUCUUGUCCAAUGGACACUUCCCAUCACUUUGGUCUAAAGGUUUUAUAGUCCCCAUUUAUAAAUCAGGAAGUAAUAUCGACCCGAAUAAUUAUAGAGGAAUAUGCAUAAGCAGUUGUUUGGGAAAAUUUUUCACAUUAAUCAUGAAUGAACGACUAAAUAAAUAUCUAGACGAAAACAACAUUAUGAGUAAUUGCCAAAUCGGAUUUAGAAAAAAUUAUAGGACAGCCGACCAUCUAUUAGUUUUGAAAACUCUAAUAGAUUAUUACAAAUCAAAACGUAAACCAAUCUUUGCUUGUUUUAUUGACUUCAAAAAAGCUUACGAUAGUGUAUGGAGGGAAAGUCUUUUCUUCAAAUUGAUCUUGAAUGGUUGCAGCAAAAGAUUCAUACGUUUAAUGUUAAGCAUGUAUUCCUCCUAUGACUGUUCG